AUGAAUCCAGGUCCUUUUGGGAUGGCGCAGAACGGGGUAAGCAAAAAAAUAGCCACAUGUUCAUUACGUCACUUCUUAUCUGUCAAAACUUGACCUGUGGGUUUGCGCCCCUCUGACAUUUGGACGUUUGUACUGUGGUGGAGGGAGGGAAAGGUUGCAGUAAAAAUAUAAUAGGGGCAAGGGACUUAAGGGGAGGAAUUAUACCUUAGGGCGAGUGAAAACGUUUGCCAGAAUUAAGUCAAUCAUCUUUAUCUUAAUAUAGAAUGACACUAAUUAAGGAGUUAGUGUCUGAAGAUCACCAUCCCGCACAAAGCCCCCCUCCCCACCCCCACUAAUCCUGAACCUUCUGACUCUAGAAAGGGUUUCAUACUAUCCUGUUCUAGGCUCUGAGAUAGUUGGGUCUGCAAAGUUGAGAAAGCAUGAACACAAAAAUAAAGCGGGAGGAACUGGGGAGAGGGAGCUCUCCCUUUUUCCCGCCACCACCCCCUUUUUCCAGAUUACAUGCUCUUGUUUUCGUGUGCCUUUCACUUAUGCAUCAUCCAUACUAUCUGAGAGCCUGAAACAGACUGAUUUUGUAUGAAAUAGAAAGCAGACACAAGAAUACCAUAAUGUAGUACUGUUAUGAGAUUAUUAAUGAAAACAAAUUGGAGUAAAUUCUUACAAUAAUGUUAUUUGCAACUUCAUUCAUGGAGCUAGGCCAUCAUCAAAACCUGGAUCAGAUCAAACCCUGUAAACCCUUGAAUGGUACACCCAUAAAAAAUAACAGAAUACCUGAAACAGGUCCCUGAGCAUCUUAAACGGUAAAGGCUUUUUUACUGUUUUUUUUAAAGGACUGAAAAACCAUUGAAGUCACUAAAUGACAAAAGGCUGGGGAUAGGAUUACAUGUGUUGAUUAUAUCCACAAUCUUGGACAAAAUAAAUGGAAAACCUAGACCCCCCCUCUCCCCCAAAUCAAGGAUGGGAAAAUGGCGCGUUUUUGCCCUUCGCGCGCCUUCAUCCUUGAUUUGGGGGGGAUGGGGGUUUGCUGUUCCAUUUUAUUUUGUCCAAGAUUGUCUGAAAGCCUCGACUGGCGUGACUCACAGCGUCAUGAUAGCAAUCAUGACAAGAAAUCUGUGUUCAAACACUUCAAAGCUAAAUGCUUUCAAAGCAAACCUGGUCAUUUGUCAGUGAACUCAUACAAAACAGAAGAAUUGCGCUUAUUUCAUUUAUAUAAAAUAAAUAAAUAAUCCACUUAUCAUAAGUCUCUAUGAAGUGCGGGAUGCAUUACUCACUAGGAGAGAGUUCUGCUGCGUGGAAGACGAAAAAAAGACAUACUUAUGCCUGAUUCAUUGCAAUAAUUUUAAUAAGCUUGAAGGCAGAACCCCACAAAACAUAUAUAGAAAUUGCAUCGGCUGGUAAUUGCAGGAAUAAUUAUAGUAAGAAAAAAAAAUUAAUUUGGCUACAAACGAGAAUCGAACCUGCCCAAAAAACCUCAGGUAGGCUACUCCUACUCGCCAAUGUUGCAUGCUAGACCUCUUAGGCAAUCCAUGGAGAGGCUGUUGCCUUGGCGCUAUUUUUAAGAACUGUAUCGGUGCCUUUAUAGAUCAUUGUUAGCGAUAUUUUAUCUUUAUAGAUUGGUUUUUUUCAUUCUAGGAAAUCGAACACGAUUAAUGUUGACAAACAUAAGGAUUAGCACGAUUUACAACAGAUUACCGACGGUUUUUAUCAGUUUUUCACGAUUUUGUCGUGGUACAGUAAAGUAAGAGACAGUGAGUCACUUUUAUUUCAAUUGGCUGUUAAUCGUGAUUAACCGUUGAAAACCGCUGCAAACCAUCUUAAAUCACACAAAAACCUUUUGUAAACCGUCAGUGAAACGUCGACCGUGUCAUUUUAACAAAGUUCGAGUGCGCUACACACAGUUUAAAAGUUUUAAUUAGCAAAGUUUUAGCCUUUCAUUGUUGUUGGUAUUUCAGCGAGGUAUAAAAAGUCCACAGUCUAGUGACUCCUGCGAAAUAACAUUAAUGGUCCUUUUUACCCUGUUACAGAACUCUUUAUAUGAUUUGCGAGUAAUGCCAUGUUCAAGAGCGCCUUUUUCUAACGUCCCAGACACGAUGUGCAAAAAUGUUCUCUUAGGGUAUAGUAAGUAUGGAUGUCCUCGGUGACACUUGUGACUGCGGGUCACAAACCAGUGUUUCCAACCAAUAAAUGUGUUGAAAGAUGACUCUCUAAUUAACAGUGACCACUAUUUCGUGACUUAGACACCUUCAAGACAAUCUUGGACAAAAUAAAUGGAAAACCUAGACCCCCCCUCCCCCCCAAAUCAAGGAUGGGAAAAUGGCACGUUUUUGCCCUUCGUGCGCCUUCAUCCUUGAUUUGGGGGGGAUGGGGGUUUGCUGUUCCAUUUUAUUUUGUCCAAGAUUGCAGGUUUGGUUGACACCAAUUCAUGUUUCUGUUAAAAUAAUUAUAACAUUAUAGUCAACUAAUGAUAAAAUGAACACCAGCCAUCAGUGGUAAAUCCAAACCUUGAGGACAGAGAGAGAGAGGCACCGGUCUGGCCAAAAUAAAGUAUUUCAAACGAACUUUUUGAUGUUUACCAGUGAGUGAACUCCAGUUUUCUUUAUACAGGUCCCUUUUGGAGACACAAAACAUGUCAAAGAGUGGCCCCAAAUUGUAGGACAGGUGAAUAAACCAGAGAAAGAACACCCCAAGAGACCAAUCCACGGCUUAGACUGUGAACGAGGUGAAGUCAGUGGAAGCCGCCUAUGGGGCUUUAUCAAGGAACAGAGUAAAUCUCCAGAUAAAUUUUUCCAUAGUUGCUUUAUUCAUAAUUAUUGCCCUCUGGUUUUUAUGUCAUCAAGUGGAAAAAACAUUACCCCGCCUCAACUACCAAAGCAAGAAAGACAGCAACUCUUGGAAAUUUGUGACAAUUCCCUGGCAGAGUUUGUUAAACUUUCUGGGGUAAAGAUAGUUGUUGGGGUAGGAAAGUUUGCAGAGGAAAGAGCUCACAAAGCUUUAAAAGACUUCAACGUUGAAAUUUAUUCAAUAAUGCAUCCCAGUCCUGCUAGCCCAGCUGCUAAUGCUUGCUGGAGUGACAUUGCUUUGAAGCAGUUAACAGACGUGGGGUUAACCGGUUACAUAAGAAAUGAAAAGUUAUAA